AUGUGUGCACCAAACGAGUGGGGGUUCAAGAAGACUUUCAUUGUUGGUGAGAGCCUCUUCAACUGCAUUGUUCCAAAGCCCAUUCAGAGGGCCAAACCUCAAGUCACUCCUAAGGUAGUCAAAACCCAACUGAAGAAAACACUGUCUAAAAAUGCUUUCCGAAACGCAAGAAAGAGGGCCGCACGUGCUUUAAGGAAGAAAGAAGCAAAGAGUCAGUCUAUUGAGGCAAUCUUGUCCGAGCUCUCUGGGACAAGUUCAAUGGUGACAGCAAGCGAGAAGACCGCAAGCACCCUGGCUGUGCCGACUCCGAAGAGGACAAGUGCUACCCCGAUUUGUCCAAAUCAUGAUUGGAUCAAUUCCGGUCAACUUAUAUCCUACAGAUUCAGCCUUGAUGACUUCCAUCGACGAAACUAG